AGCGAAUUGUGAGAAAAAAAUUUGGCCGGCUUCCGGAUUUUAAUAGCGUCUAUUAUAUUUUUAAUUAAAACUGGGUCUUAGCAAAGGAAGAAGUUCACAACAUGUCCAGAAAAGUUACUCUGGAGUGGAAGAAACGGGUGAAAACAGAAUAUAUGAAAAUACGGCAAAGCAAGCAACAUAAAAAGGUAGACAACGUACGUAGUGCAUGGAGUCGGAACCGGGAGAAACUGUUGUCCACCUUAGUAAAGGAUAAUCAAAAUUGGGUUUCAACAAACGCUGCUUGGCAUCAAUGCGACGUUGGAAAAUUACCACAUGUGAAAUGCAUGAAAAUCGCAAUGGCUGCUGAUCAGGAUGGCAAUCAGCAGUCAAUUCCGAUACGCGUUAUUAAUGCCGUAACACCGAUACCAACUAUGUACACAUGGGCCCCAACGCAACAGAACUUUAUGGUGGAAGACGAGACUGUUCUGCACAAUAUACCGUAUAUGGGGGACGAAGUUCUUGACCAAGACGGAUCAUUCAUAGAAGAACUGAUCAAAAAUUAUGAUGGGAAAGUUCAUGGUGACAAGGAAGGCAGUUUUAUAGAUGAUGCCAUAUUCGUAGAUUUGGUUCAGGCUCUUGUGCAGUACGCAGAUAAAGAUGCGGGGGCUUCUGCUGCAGAUGACGAGAAAGUUAGAGCAAAAGCCCCGAACCACAAAGGAUUUAACAGUAGUAUUAAAUGCGAAGAAGAUGAGAAAAACCAAAAAAAUCAAGAAAAUAAGUAUAAAGGUAACAAUGUUGGCAACGCAGAACAUAAAACGAUAGCACAGCUUGCCACGGAUUUGAGUUCGCAUAUGCCCAUGGAUGAUAGGAAAGCCUUCCCAGAUUCUAUAGUUUUCCAAGCUAUAAGUUCACAGUUUCCAGAAAGAGGAACCGCUGAAGAACUCCGGGACAAGUAUAUCGAAUUGACGGAGCAAGUAGAUCCCGAGCGUCCACCUGAGUGUACGCCCGACAUAGAUGGGGCUCGAGCUGAAUCAGUUUUCCGUGAACAAUCGAUGCAUUCUUUUCAUACUCUUUUCUGUCGUCGAUGUUUCAAAUACGAUUGUUUCCUGCAUCGGCUGCAAGCAUACCAUCCAGGUCCAAACUUUCAGAGACGUCGCUGGGCAGAAUUUAAAGUUCCGAGCAAACCAUGUAGCGACACAUGUUUCUUACUCAUGGACGGUAUGAAGGAAAAAAUUCACAUUGAAAAAAAUUGUAGAAUUCUUUCAACAGUUACUGAUUCUGGAAAUGAGGCUAGUUCUGAAGAUAGCAACGACGAUAGUCGUCACAGCAAAGACGUUCCCUACGCGAAUCCGCCCAACAAUGAUGUGGGUGUAUUCGGUCAGUGUACUGAUAAACCAUGGACUGGAUCAGAUAAAUCCUUUUUUCGCGUCCUUCAUAAAACCUUUUCGUUUAAUUUUUGUGCGAUUGCUGAGGCAAUGAUGAUAAAAACCUGCCAACAAGUGUAUAGAUUUGCACUUCAAGAAGUAGGAGACGUAAUGCCUAUCGAACUCGCCAAAGAUAAUACACCACCAAGGAAAAAAAAGAAAAAGCAACGUCUCUGGGCAAUGCACUACCGCAAAAUUCAGCAACUAAAAAAAGAAAAUUCUUAUCAUUUAUACAAUUACUCACCAUGUGACCACACUGGUCCAUGUGACGACAAAUGCCCUUGUUAUGCGAGAUUCUGCGAAAAAUUUUGCAACUGUAGCAGCGAUUGUCAAAUUCGAUUCCCAGGGUGCCGUUGCAAGGCUCAAUGCAAUACCAAACAGUGUCCUUGCUAUUUAGCUGUGCGCGAAUGCGACCCAGAUCUUUGUCAAACGUGUGGGGCAGAACAUUACGAUCUAAGCAAAAUUACAUGCAAAAAUGUGAGCGUUCAGCGUGCUUUACAUAAACAUUUGCUAAUGGCUCCUUCGGACGUUGCUGGAUGGGGUAUUUUUCUCAAAGAAAGUGUACAAAAAAAUGAGUUUAUUUCCGAGUAUUGCGGAGAAAUAAUUUCCCAAGAUGAAGCAGAUCGUCGUGGAAAAGUAUAUGACAAAUACAUGUGCAGUUUUCUCUUCAAUCUUAACAAUGAGUAUGUUGUAGAUGCUACUCGUAAAGGUAAUAAAAUUCGUUUUGCCAACCAUUCCAUUAAUCCUAAUUGCUACGCCAAAGUUCUUGUGGUAAACGGAGAUCAUCGCAUUGGCAUAUUUGCAAAACGAGCCAUUCAAUCGGGCGAAGAACUGUUUUUCGACUACCGGUACGGACCAACGGAGCAACUGAAAUUCGUUGGCAUAGAACGCGAGAUGGAAUUCUUAUGAAUAGUCUGCUGCUCUUUCAUGUAUCCCUAGUUUUCAAAAUAAAUAAUCGACCUGGUUAGGUCCCAGUAGAACAGGUACGCCUGCGAGAACUCGAACUAGUCCAGAUUGUACUGCUUGAUGAACGGAAUGCGGAUGCAGUUGAGCGCCGCAAACAGUCAGCAACGGCCCGAGCUUUUCUGGUUCGUCAGCGGUUUGCCCUCAUUCUCGAUCUAGAGAUAAAGCAGAGGGAGCUUCCGAG